ACUUACUUGGGCUGGAAGUUGGCGGCGCGAUGGGGAACGAGCGUUGGAAAACCGUGGGAGGAGCCUCGCAACUUGAGGAUGGGCAGCAGGAGAAAUCACAGAGGAUGAGCUGUGGGUACAUCCUGUGCACUGUCCUGCUCUCGGUGGCCGUCCUCCUGGCCGUGACAGUCACGGGAGCCAUCCUCUUCAUGAACCACUACCACACACCCGUCACCGAGUCGCCGCCCGUCAUCAGCACCAACCCCGAGGAAGCCAACGCGCUGGUGACCAUCGAGAAGGCCGACAGCUCCCGCAUCAACAUCUUCAUCGACCCCAACUGCCCCAGCGCCGCCGGCACACUGGGCCGCGUGGAGGGGCUGCAGACCUCCCUGCUGCGCGCCCUCACCGACCACGACGCCGAGGCCAAGGCGGCCAAGAGCCAGCAGAAGGCCCUGCUGGUCACCGUGGCCGACGAGGUGGCCAAGCUGCUGACCCACGCCGUGCAGCUGCGCGCCGACUGCGAUGGCCUCAAGAAGGGGCACAGCGCCAUGGGGCAGGAGCUCAGCGCCCUGCAGGGAGAGCAGGGCAGGCUCAUCCAGCUGCUCUCGGAGAGCCAGACCAACAUGGCUCGGCUGGUGAGCUCUGUCAGUGACGUCCUGGACACGCUGCAGAAGGAGCGCGGUGGGGCCCGGCCCCGCCUCAAGGCUGACCUGCAGCGAGCGCCGGCCCGGGGAGCGCGGCCCCGGGGCUGCUCCAACGGCUCCCGGCCCCGAGACUGCUUUGACAUCUAUGCGAGUGGACAGCAAGAGGAUGGGAUUUACUCCAUCUUCCCCACACACUACCCUGACGGCUUCCAGGUCUACUGUGACAUGACGACGGACGGGGGAGGCUGGACGGUGUUUCAGCGGAGGGAGGACGGCUCCGUGAACUUUUUCCGCGGCUGGGAAGCGUACCGGAACGGCUUCGGGAAGCUGACAGGAGAGCACUGGUUAGGGCUGAAGAGGAUCCACCUGCUGACGGUGCAGGGCAGCUACGAGCUCCGCAUCGACCUGGAGGACUUCGACAACGGCACCGCCUUCGCCCACUACGGCAGCUUCGGCGUGGGGCUCUUCUCUGUGGACCCCGAGGAGGACGGGUACCCCAUCACCAUCGCCGACUACUCAGGGACUGCAGGUGACUCCUUCCUGAAGCACAACGGGAUGAAGUUCACCACCAAGGACCUGGACAACGACCACUCGGAGAACAACUGCGCCGCUUUCUACCACGGUGCCUGGUGGUACCGCAACUGCCACACGUCCAACCUCAACGGGCAGUACCUGCGGGGCCACCACAGCUCCUACGCCGACGGCAUCGAGUGGUCCUCCUGGACCGGCUGGCAGUACUCGCUCAAGUUCACCGAGAUGAAGAUCCGGCCCGUCCGGGAGGAGAAUUAG